GUGGGGUGACGUCAUCAUUGUGCGUCCUCUUUUCUGACAACGCUCAGUCAUGUUUACCAUUUAAUUCAGUGGGUUGGGGCUUUUGUAUCACCGACAGCGAGCUGUAGAAUCUGUUUGAUGUGCUGUGAGUUGAAUUUGUAGCACUUCUAGUUAACGCGGAAUUUUUCUCAACAUGGAGUCUGUAGAGGCCAGCGAGGAGAAGGCAGCUUCUCUGUCAGCGGCGCAGAGGAGGGCAGAGAUCCGGAGGAAGAAGCUGCUCAUGAAUUCAGAGGACCGCAUGAAGAGAAUAGUGGGCUUCACUAAGACCGAGUCUGAGAUGAACGCUGGAGCUCCCCGGCAUCCCGCAGAGCCUCGCUUUCACCUUGAUCUCAACAGGACAGAGCCGUGGGCCUCAUCUUCAUCUUCCCCGAGACCGCCUUCCUUCCUGCCAGAGGUUUCGGGGGCCAGGAGUCGUUCCCGCAGUGCCACCCCAGAGAGGAGGGGCUCACCCCUACCAGGCUGCAGUGAGCCACACGCAGGCUCCCUAGAAGAUGAUAUCGGAGGAGUCCGACAGAGACAGAGAGGAGAGCGGGCAUCAGAGGAUAUCAGUAACUCCCCACGACGAGGCCUCCAGAAGUACCUGUCUCGUUUUGAUGAUGCCAUGAAACUGCGAGGUCAGCUGGCCAAUGAAAAGUCGGCCCAGGACGGAGGGUCUGAACCUGAGGAGUUUGAUCCUUUCAGAGCCUUCAGGCUCACCGGCAGCAUCCUCCUCGCUCUGUUUGUCAGGGUGUUUGUCUGCAAGUAUCUGUCAAUAUUUGCUCCAUUCCUGACCCUGGAACUGGCCUACAUGGGGUUGUCCAAAUAUUUUCCAAAGGUGGAAAAGAAGGCCCAGACCACUGUGCUGACUGCCGCCCUGCUGCUGUCCGGCAUCCCCGCUGAGGUCAUCAACCGCUCCAUGGACACCUACAGACGGAUGGGAGACGUCUUUGCCGACCUCUGCGUUUACUUCUUCACCUUCAUCCUUUCACAUGAGAUCCUGCUUCUCGUUGGCUCAGAGACUCCCUGAUGGUCCAGAGGGAUGUCAGUAGCUCUGCCUCUUCCUUAUUUCUAGCCCUUUCUCUGUCUCCCAUAGCAACAAGGCAUGGUCAUUUACAUUGGCUGAUGUGAGCUUGUUGUUGUUGACGGUCUGGAAACGUCCCGGCUGCCUUACGAUCGGGGCAGUGCAUCAGAUUGGACGAUUGUUCAUUAAUCAUGAUCCUGAUAAGGCUAUGCUACGUGUAAUUGUGGACUUUCUGCUAUUUGUUACAGAUUUCAGCUCCUGCUCUUUAUUUUAUUUUGUGUGACAAAUGUGCAGUUGCACCUAUCAUACUAGGUCGUAUUUAUUUUCAGAUUUAGCAUGGAACAAAGUAAAUGUCUUAUUAAAGAGAACUAAAUAGUUCUUCAUUCACUACUUUCAAACAGAUUUAACAUGAGACAAUGGAGCGUGAGAAUCCAGAGGGGCGUGCAGUAGUAUGAUCACUCAUUAGCUGCAGUUGGACUUACUUUAGCACUCGUCUUCUCUUUCACUUCAUUUCAAUGCUCAAAGAAAGCAGGAUUUGUUUUCAAUUACUCACUCAUGUGCGGGGCACAAUUAGCAAAUAGAUACGAGGUCUUUGUGUCAACAGGGGUCACCAAAGUUCAAUCAAAUCCAGGAGCUUUAAAUUUUUUAUUUUGAAAUAUCGCCAAAUGACCCUCUGGACUUUUACUAGUCCUUGUCUUCUGUGUCUGAAGAAUGAGGAAGAUUAAAACGGUAAUGAGUGUCCCUUGGUUCAUGUGACUUACAGCCUUAAGCACAAUAGUACCACAUCAUAGUCCUUUCUGUUAGCUUCUUAGAGCUCACACAUUAGCCGCCCGGACCUUUCCUCCUUCUGUUGCUCUCUGUCAUCCAGUGCGCCGAAGGGUCCACCCUGUUAGAAAGUAGUUCCCUUCUUUCAUUGGAGCUUUGGAGACGCUAAAAGCAUUUAUCCCUGAAUGUGAAGUGUAUGACUUUGCACGGCUAUUAGCUGAGAUCUGCAGUAAACUGAAAUAAAUGAUUGAUGGAG